AUGUCUGAUAACUCAAAUGAAGCCUCAGAGAGAGGAUCUGAACUCUGGGACGAAGAAAACAUAGUUGACACUAAAAAGAAAAGCACUAGAGGAUCAAAGAGAAACCAUUGGCUCCCUCAAGAAGAUGAAGCUAUUACUAAACUAGUUAAUCAAUUCGGCACGAAGCAAUGGAAGACCAUUGCAAAGGAAUAUUCUCGAAUGACUAAGAACAAAAGAAGGACGGCUAAACAAUGAAGAGAAAGAUGGCAUAAUCACCUCGAUCCGAAGAUAAACAAGGAUCCAAUCACACUAGAGGAGGAGAGAAAAAUAUUUGAGUACCACCAAUCAUUAGGAAAUAAAUGGGCACAAAUUGCUACAAUCCUUGAUGGAAGGACCGACAACAUGAUCAAAAAUCAGUUCUACAGUACGCUUAGGCGUCAGCUUAGGAAAAUUAACAGACUCUUGCAGUGAAGUAAAUUUGAAGAACUGGUCGGAGGUAAAAUCAAAGUUCUCUCCCAAGACGAAUUAUACAAAUAUAUCAAGGAAGAAAAAGUAGAUUAUGACGAUAUUAAAUAACAUUUAUUCACAAGCAAUCUCAAGUUUACACAAUACUCAUGCACAACAGUUCAAAGCAGAGGCGAUAUCUGAAGUCAAGACUGAGAAGGAGCAGGAACAUCGCUCUUCACUAAGAAAUCGGAGGUCUUAUAGACUCAGUAAGAAGGACAAAGGAGAGAAAGAAGAUGAGUAUGAUUACACAAAAGUAGCAUUUUUGAUUCUAUUCAAGAUACUCAGAACCUUCAGAGAUGAACACAAGAAUAAUUUGCACAGUUUUACAUCUCAGAAUUCAUUAGAUUCUCCAAAAUCUUCUCACAAAAAUAGUCAGCAGGGCCAUACCAAAAAUAAGAGGAAGAUUAAGGAAGAAAUUAAGAGGACAACAGAAGAGGCUGAACAAAAAGAGAAAUUAGGAAAAACUGAUAAAUUUCUAAAGAAAUACUCCAUUCCCGAAGAAAAAGAACUCAUGCCGAACAAGUACAAAUAAAAUGUUCUCAGGGAUGCAGCUUAGUGAAGAUGAUGAGUCUUACCCGCAGGCAAAGGGAGCUUUUGGGGAAAACACUCUAGAAAAUAUCAGCAAAAAGCCUAUAAAUAACAAGUUUCAGUCUCAGUUUAAAAUGGACUCCAUUCCACUUGAUGUUAACUUUAGAGAUAUCAGCGACCAUCACCCAAAAAUCCAGAGUGGAUUUCAGCCGAUAAAAACUAAGGCUCAAAAUGAAGAAAGUGGUGGAAAGCCUGACAUCGAAAAUUAUUGAGGGAUUAAUGUUAGUCCUGAGAAAGAUCUUAAAAGCAAGGCUAUUGACAGAGAUCCCUCAAUAGUUUCUAACAUCUCUCAUGCAUUUGGUUAUAACAAUGAUGACUUCAACCCGUUUGGACAGAGGAGCAAUAUGAAUCUUUCUAAACCUCAAGAUUUUAACUUUGAUAGCCAUAAAAUGAACCCAAAUGCUUCGUAUGUUGGGCACAUGAUAAGCAAAAUCAAUGAAAAUUCUAAGCCCUUUAAUAAGCAAGUAAGCCUCACUCUUAGCUUCUUGAAUCACGAUAUGGCUUCUCUAAAUGAGUCUGAUAACUCUAAUGUAUAUGAUCUCAACCAGCUUAGUGGGAACUUAAACAUUUCUUUGAGUAGAAAUAAGAAAGUAGUGCUUGAAAUGAUUGAUGAUACUCAUGUGCAAGUAAAAACUAUGUCAAAGAGUUCAUCUCUGAACUCUACUGAAAAGAAGGAUACCUCUAUACCUAUGAAUAUUUCGAGGCUCAACUAUGAAUCCCAGUUCCUAUCAGUACCUGUGUGCUAUCCAUCCUUACCCAAUGAGAUGAUGAAGAGUAACAAAUUUAACCAGGUUGUGAAUAGCCUUAAAAAUUGAAACCAGAACUACCAACCUAACAAUAAGGAUAGCUCCCUCCCAGGCCAGAGGCCAUCUGAUAACCAGUAAGAUCUUUCCAAAUUUCGGUAGCUCUCUCUACACAAAAGUGUGCUAUAGCACCUGAAAUGUAGAAAGAAGGUUCAUAAUUAGACAGAAGAAUAUUAAUUCUUCUUAAUCAUAAGGUAAAUAUACGAUUCUUUACAUAAGCAUGAUUUC